AUGGCGAAUUCAGACUGUUCUAGUGAAGCUGUUGUAACUAAUCGAAGAGUUCCUAAAUCAGUUUGUUUAGUGCUAUUCAGCAAGUUUUUAGAAAGAUUUUGUGCAACCGGAAUCAGCGCUAUUCUUGUUGUUUAUCUGCACACGAAACUUGAAUUUGAUCAAAGUUCAUCGACUGCAAUUUAUCAUUUAAAUGAGCUUUUUACCUUUUUCUGUCCACUUUUUGGUGCCAUUCUUGCAGAAAGUUAUUGUGGAUUAUUUAAAGCUAUUGUGACAAUGUGUUUUGUAGCUUUUGUUGGAGGUUUGGUUGUUACUUUGUCCACGAUCGGGAGCAUUAGCUUGAUUAAAAUAUUGUCAACUUUAAUUGGUCUUGUACUAGUCUAUGCAAGUUUGGGAAGUAUGCGGUCCAACUUAGUUGCUUUUGGUGCUGAUCAAUAUGUUCUACCAGGUGAAGCAAAGGGUCUUGAACUUUAUUUUCCACUUCAAAUGCUGUGCAUCAAAUUCGGAUCCUUGCUAGGUCGUAUUGUUGCACCAAUUCUUCGAGAAGAUGUUAAAUGCUUUGGAGAUGAUAGUUGCUACUUUAUGGCAUUUGGAACUCCAACUUUAACAAUCCUGUUGGCUUUUAUAAUAAUGAUUUUCGGAAAAUCAGCCUUCAUACACAUCCAUUAUUCUGAAAACAUGUUUAUGAAAAUGAUCAAUUCCAUCACUUAUGCAUUAAAGAAGUCCAACCAAAUUGAAGUUAAAAGUCACUGGCUCGACUAUGCCGAAAAUAAAUACGGAGAAGAUCACGUAAAAGCCACGAAGUUGGUUCUUGAAAAUUUGGUGAUUUUCCUUCCAACCGCAUUUUAUUGGGCAGUUUUUGCUCAACAAGGAUCACGAUGGAUUUUUCAAGCUAUGCAAAUGAAUGGUGAUAUUGGAAUUUUUACAAUCAAGCCUGACCAAAUGAUUGCAUUGAACUCUAUUUUCUCAAUAAUCUCAUUGCCGAUUUGUAAUUUCAUUUUAUUUCCCAUCAUAGCUAAACUUGGUUAUGGAUGUUUACUUCAAAGGAUUGCAAUUGGUGGAUUUUUGUGCUGUUUCUCAUUCAUCCUUGCAGCAAUUGUUGAAGUCAACAUUUAUGAAGAAGAAAAAAUUUCAAUUUUAUGGCUGAUACCUCAAUUUGCAGUCCUGGCAAUCAGCGAGAAUUUUGUUUACAUUUCUCUCAUUGAUUUUGCUUAUUCAAAAACACCACAUGGCAUGAAAUCUGUCAUGACUGCUAUUGUCUUCCUACUGAUUGCAAUUGGCAAUUUGUUCAUCACAUUUGUCAGCAGUGCAAAGUUCUUUAGUACACAGUUUUACGAGUUUUUAUUUUAUGCUGGUUUACUUUUUGUUGACAUGAUUAUUUUUAUUGGACUGUCAAAGAGAUAUAUGAGAAGGAAAAGUAGACGAAUGUCCGAUGUUGAGAUGUAG